AAUGGCCACAAGGAGAGAGGAUGGAGAGUGAAAUAGAAUAAUUUGCGCAUUCUCUGUUAUCUGGCUUUAUACUGAGCUUGUGCUUUUGUACCUAAUGUGCUUAGAUAGGCACACCUCUAGUGCAGCCUGCUUGUUGCACUGCAUGGGGCAAGAAUGGUGAUAUGUAGGGCUGCUUGUAGGGUUCAGCAGGGAGGGCAGUUGCCAAGGGUUCCCUACAUGAUAACAGGGGCCCUUUACAUGGUAGAAGGAAAACAGAUACACAUGCAAAGCAAAUAUUUUAGAAGGUUGUCAGGAACCGGCUCAAUGAUGGAAACAGCCAUGAUUCUCCUUGGCUUGUGCCUGUGUAUCUCCAGUGUCUCUGCAGAUUCCAAAGCUGUUACAACGUCCCUCACCGCAAAGUGGGCAUCUACUCCUUUACUGCUGGAAGCCAGUGAAUUCUUAGCUGAAGAAGCUCCUGAUAAGUUCUGGGCCUUUGUGGAUGAAGUGCAACAAGUGAAGGAUCAAGGUUCUGAUAGUAUCAACUAUGAGCUGAUGGUGAAUAAGGCAAGCCGACAGCUGACUCCCCAACAGGAGAACCUUCUGAAAUUUGCCUUGUCUCUCCGCACCUACUCUGCUACAGUACAGACCUUCCAGCAGAUGGCCGCAGAUGAGCCACCCCCAGCAGGCUGCACUAGUUUCAUUGUAGUGCAUGGAGCGAAGACAUGUGUUCUUGAAAACUUGCCAUCACUUCUCAAGACUGCUUCUCAAAGACCGAAGCCCUUUCUGUUCAAAGGAGAUCACAGAUACCCAUAUGGUGCACCCGAAAGCCCUGUUGUUAUACUUUAUGCUGAGAUUGGCUCCAAAGACUUUGCUAGGUUUCACCAGCUGCUUUCUCUGAAGGCCCAAGAAGAUGGGAUUAAUUACAUACUCCGUCACUUUGUUUCUAACCCACGAUCUGAAAAGGUUUUUCUGUCUGGAUAUGGUGUAGAGCUGUCCAUGAAGAGCACGGAAUAUAAAGCAAAGGAUGACACACAAGUGAAAGGAAAUGAUGUGAAUGCUACAGUGGUGGGUGAUAACGAUCCAGUAGAUGAAGUACAGGGAUUUCUCUUUGGGAAGCUCAGGCAGUUGUAUCCAGAGCUUAAGGAGCAGCUGAAAGAACUGAGGAAACAUUUAAUUGAUAGCACCAAUGAAAUGGCACCUCUGAAGGUCUGGGAGCUGCAAGAUCUUAGCUACCAAAGUGCUGCACAUAUCCUGUCAGCUCCACCCGCUGAAGCACUGAUGGUUAUGAAAGAUUUGAGCCAGAAUUUCCCUACCAAAGCCAGGGCAUUAACAAGGACAGUAGUUGACUCUGCUCUUCGUAAGGAAGUCGAAGAAAAUCAAAAGUAUUUUAAGUCUAAUCUUGGUGUGCAUCCCGGAGACUCAGCGUUGUUCAUUAAUGGAUUGCAUGUUGAUCUUGACAGUCAGGAUAUCUUCAGCUUGUUUGAUACAUUACGUAAUGAAGCCCGGGUUAUGGAAGGCCUUUUCCGCUUAGGCAUAGAUGGGACCGCCCUCCAAAAUGUUCUGAAACUUAAUAUCCAACCGUCUACUGCAGAUUAUGCCGUGGAUAUCAGGCACCCUGCUAUAACUUGGGUAAACAAUCUGGAGAUGGACAGCAGAUAUAACUCAUGGCCAUCCACUCUUCAGGAGUUGCUUCGCCCCACAUUCCCUGGUGUCAUCCGACAGAUCCGCAGGAACUUUCACAACUUUGUGAUCAUUUUUGAUCCUGUGCAUGACUCCACCUCUGAGCUGAUUAAUCUUGCUGAAAUGUUUCUGAGUAACCAUAUUCCAGUGAGGGUCGGGUUGGUUUUUGUUGUGGAUGACUCUGAGGAUGUUGAUGGUUUUCAGGAUGCAGGUGUUGCUUUGCUUAGAGCUUUCAACUAUGUGUCCGACGAAGUGAAUGAGUAUCACGCCUUCCAAACAAUUGUAUCUAUCUACAACAAGGUGCCAGCAGGAAAGCGCCUGACUGUGAAGCACGUUACCGCUGUCCUAGAGCAGCGAUAUCCCUAUAUUGAGCUCAGUAGCAUUUUGGGCAAAGACUCUGCUUAUGACCAGUCAAGAAAGGAAGGAAAGGAAUACUUCUUGCAGACAGGGUUGAGUCCACUGCCAGUCGUACUCUUUAAUGGAAUUCCCUUUUCAAAAGAACAGCUGCAGCCUGAUGAGCUGGAGACUGCAACAAUGCAAAAAAUAAUGGAAACCACCACCUUCUUUCAGAAAGCAGUCUACUUGGGGGAACUGACAAAUGAUCAAGAUGUUGUGGAUCAUAUAAUGAAUCAGCCUAAUGUCGUACCAAGAAUUAACUUGCGGAUCUUAGAAGCAGAGCGCCGGUACCUGGAUUUAACAACUCUAAAUAACUAUUUUAUAGAUGACUACAAACGUUUCAGCUCCUUGAACUCCAAUUCUAAGAGUGCAGCAAUAGUUAACAGUAUGACCUAUCUUACAAAGAAAGGAAUGUCAUCCAGGGAGAUUUAUGAUGACUCUUUUGUGAGACCUGUCACAUUUUGGAUUGUGGGGGAUUUUGAUCAGCCUUCAGGCCGCCAGCUUUUGUAUGAUGCAAUUAAACAUCAGAAAUCCAGUAAUAAUGUAAGGAUUGGCAUACUCAGCAACCCCAGCCAGGAUCCAUCGGCUGAGAGCACUCGCAUUGCACGGGCCAUCUGGGCGGCUCUGCAGACUCAGAACUCAAACAAUGCCAAGAACUUCAUCACCAAAAUUGUCAAGGAGGAAAAUGCAAGGCAGAUCGAGGCAGGAAAGGACCCAGUGGAAUUUGCUGUUGGGGGUAUGGAUACCAGUCUGUUCCGUGAGAUGUUUGAGUCCCCAAAGGUGGAUUUCAUCUUAUCGCAUACUCUUUACUGCCGGGAGGUUUUGAAAUUGAAAAAAGGGGAGAGAGCCAUUAUCAGCAAUGGAAGGAUUAUUGGGCCUUUACGUGACGAUGAAAUAUUUAAUCAAGAUGAUUUCCACCUUCUAGAGAAUCUUGUCUUGAAGACCUCUGCGCAGAAUAUUAAAUCCCAUAUUAAGCUGCUUCAAGUGGAAGAAGAUCAUGCCAGUGAUCUGGUGAUGAAGGUAGAUUCACUGUUGUCCUCCCAACCCAAAGGAGAAGGGAGAGUUAAUUACCAGAUACCCGAAGACGCACACAGUGCUAUUAAGCUGAGACCUACAGAAGGAAUGAUUUAUUUUGAUGUGGUUGCCGUUGUAGACCCCGUAACAAAAGCAGCGCAGAGACUAGCCCCUCUACUCCUGGUUCUUAAACAAGUACUAAAUAUGAAUCUUCGCGUGUUUAUGAACUGCCAGUCCAAGCUGUCGGAGAUGCCUCUGAAGAGUUUCUAUCGCUACGUUUUGGAACCAGAGGUGAUGUUCACAUCACAGAAGAAUAUUGCUCCUGGUCCCAUUGCCAAGUUCCUAGACAUGCCCCAGUCUCCACUUUUUACUCUCAGCCUUGACACUCCUGACAGCUGGAUGGUGGAGUCAGUGCGGACGCCGUAUGAUCUGGAUAAUAUAUACCUUGAGGAGGUGGACAGUGUUGUAGCAGCUGAGUUUGAGCUUGAGUAUCUCCUCUUAGAAGGCCAUUGUUUUGAUGUCUCUACUGGACAGCCACCCCGAGGGCUCCAGUUCACAUUGGGAACAUCUACAAAUCCUGUAGUGGUGGACACAAUCGUCAUGGCUAACUUGGGUUAUUUUCAGUUAAAAGCCAAUCCUGGUGCUUGGAUGCUGAGGCUCAGAAAAGGGCGCUCAGAGGAUAUUUAUACUAUUUACAGUCAUGAAGGGACAGAUUCUGAUCCAGAAGCUUCUGAUGUGGUGGUUGUGCUACAUGAUUUUAAGAGCAAAAUAAUUAAAGUAAAAGUCCAGAAAAAGCCGGACAAAAUGAACGAGGACCUUCUGAGUGAUGGAAAUAGUGAAAAUGAGUCGGGAUUCUGGGAUUCCAUUACAUGGGGACUUGCAGGAAGUCAGAAACAAGAUGACGUAAAAGCAGAGAAAGAAGACGUACUUAAUAUCUUCUCUGUGGCCUCCGGUCACUUGUAUGAGAGAUUUCUUAGAAUAAUGAUGUUGUCAGUGCUGAAAAAUACGCAGACGCCGGUUAAGUUCUGGUUUUUAAAGAAUUAUCUGUCACCCACGUUUAAGAAUUUUAUUCCAUACAUGGCCAAGAAGUACAACUUCCAGUAUGAACUGGUCCAAUAUAAGUGGCCUCGUUGGCUGCACCAACAAACUGAGAAGCAGAGAAUUAUCUGGGGAUAUAAAAUCCUGUUCCUGGAUGUUCUGUUUCCACUGGCAGUGGAUAAAUUCAUCUUUGUAGAUGCCGAUCAGAUCGUAAGGACUGAUCUGAAGGAGUUGCGGGAAUUCAAUUUGGAUGGUGCCCCUUAUGGGUACACACCGUUCUGUGAAAGCAGGAGGGAGAUGGACGGUUACCGCUUCUGGAAAUCUGGGUACUGGGCCAGUCAUUUGGCUGGGCGUAAGUACCACAUUAGUGCUCUGUAUGUAGUGGAUUUGAAAAAGUUCCGGAAGAUAGCAGCUGGAGACAGGCUGAGAGGGCAGUACCAAGGCCUAAGCCAGGAUCCCAACAGUCUCUCCAAUCUUGACCAGGAUCUUCCAAAUAAUAUGAUCCAUCAAGUGCCCAUAAAGUCUUUGCCUCAGGAGUGGCUGUGGUGUGAAACUUGGUGUGACGAUACAUCGAAGAAGAAGGCCAAAACCAUAGACUUGUGUAACAACCCUAUGACCAAAGAGCCCAAGUUGCAGGCAGCAGUGCGGAUCGUCCCUGAAUGGCAAGAAUAUGACCAAGAGAUUAAGAAACUCUAUAGCCAUUUCCAGGAUGAGUCCUCAAAUGGGUCAUUGCACCAACCUGAUACGAGCACCAAACCAGAUAAAGAAAACCACAUGGAGUUAUGAUCUACGCCCAGGGUUAGGAAACAGGACUCUUAUUUUCUGAGUGACAUGAGAUUACUGAAAGUUUUAUUUUGCUGAUUUUACAGAAUGUGUGCACAACUGCUGAAUGGGCUGAUGAUGAGCUGUGGUAUUGGGGUAUUUAUAUGUCGGGUUAUAAUUAAGUUUAUUUUUUUUUACUGUUUUACAAGUUUUGGCCAUAUAUCAGGUGCUGGGGGGCGACACAAUGUUCCGGAAAUAUUCAUCUGCGAAGAUGGAAAGGGUCUGUCUGUAUUGUUCCUUGUCAGAUACCUACGAUGCCUAAUGAUGGUGUUUAUGAGCUACAAUUGGGUCUGUCCACUUACAGAGCUCCUGGUAUCGUACCGGCCCACUGGUACCCAAAUGUAUUGAGGAGAGCUUGAAUAAGGUUAUUGGUCAGAGAUCCUAAAUCAGUGCUGCAUCGUUGGCAUUAACUGUGCAUGGGUCAGAAUCUCACAUUCUAUAAGGUAAUGCAGGUACCUAAGGAUUCCCAGAUAAGGGAUCUCUCUAUAAUUUGGGUCUCUAUAACUCACAUCUGCUUGAAAUAAGUUGAACAUUUAAUAAACCCCAUUAGGAUUGUUUUGCCGUCAGUGUACCAUCAAGUACAAGCUAUGUUUUUUUUGUUUUUUUUUUUAUUACAAAAAAUUUUUUUUGAAUUAUUUGCUUAAAAUGGAGUCUAUGGGUGAUGGCCUUCCUGUAAUUCUCAGCUUUCUGGAUAAUGGGUUUCUGAAUAAGGGAUCUAUCCCAUGCCAGUACUAAUGGUUAUAUCUGACAGUGGCUCUGUUCCAGAAUGGCAGUAAUUCAGUAAUGUCCCAGGGGUUUAGCUGCACAUAAGUGAGAGGUACAGUCAUGGGCAGAGUUUGUAGCAACUUGGUGCACAAGUCACGACAAACCCUCAGUCUUUUACUUAUAGGUCUGUGUAUAGGAAACCGUGUGAGGCAAACUGUGUGCCUUCAGGGCAUUCAGUACAGUACCUGCCUUCUGCACCUUAUUGGGGUUUUGCACCUCUCCAUGAUAGUAUGCUGCACUAUAUCUUAAACCUUAGAAUAAUCCAUAAACAUGUGCAAUGCCUUUGCUUUAGAUAAAAUACCAAUCCUUGCUGCCCUGUACCUGAGUACUACUUUUAUAGAAAUGAUGUAUAACGGUUAUAUUUUUUUAUAUAGGUUUCUACUGGAGCCAAUAUCAAUGACUCCAAUGGCAGUGAUAUUCAGUAAUGUUCCUUAUAGUGCUCUUUGUCCCAGGGGAACAGUCUCUUCCAAUUCAGUUCCAGUGCAAUCUUGAGAUAUUUGUAUUUGCAGCAAUUGGCUUGUACUGAAAUCAGAAGUGGUUUGGGCACAAUCAGGCACAAUUCUGCUAGCAGUGGAUGGCAACUUUGGUGCAAGUGGAAAUGCACCCAGAAACAAAUUUGUUAGCAGUUCACAACAAUUAUCACACUAUAUAAGGUAUAUUAAUUAUAUAUACACGCAGGGGAAUGUAGAUAUUGUUCCCAUUACUAUGUGCCAAAACUCCCCUAACAUCAUAGAGUCUAGGGCAGGAGAGUUCAGACCGGAGACCCAAAAUGUGGAUUUAAUGACAUCUAAGCCAUUACUAUGGUCUAUUUGGAGCAAGUAGAAUACAGUGCCCUCUAACAUAAAAACAUAACUUAGUUUGCAUGGAAAUCCCUUCUCUCAUUUAUUAUAAUAAUCCCUUUGUCAGAAUUGCAGGUGUGAACAUUCCCAUAUGACUCAAUGAAACCUAUAUGUGAAUUGUCACCACUACAGAACCACUAGCUACAUGCACCCUUGCCUUCUUUGGGCAGGACCAGUACUAGUGGGGAAUGAUGGGAGGUAUAUGCCUGGAACUGCCAAAUAUCAGCAUCUGUGGUAUCAGCAACCAUUUAGCAGGCAGCUUGUUUUAAAUGCAAUUUGUCUUUUACACAAAGUUUUAUAUUUCAGAACAAAAGAACAGACUAAAUCAGCCAAAUUUUAAGUGAAUUUCAGUUGGACUUUUGUUCAGGCGGUGGAAAAGCACCUGAUCGAGUCCAGUUGGACUUUAGGACAGGUUACAUGGGCUCUUACUCAUGAGCCAGGGUGGGUAUGGCCUGUGUGCCAUAGGCAAAAUCAUCGGUGCCAGGGUAGUAGAGUGUAAUUAUAAUUCUGUGUAUAUUGGACAAGGAAAUGCAGUUGCUCCAAUGGGCUCUCUACUUUGCACUAAGAAUGAGGUUUUUGAAUUGUUUUUAAAAAAAUCAUUUAAAAAUAUACUGUGUAUUGCGCCGUCCUCAUAUUUUAUUUUUGUACUGCUGAGCCAGAAUUCAAGCAAGUGAAGGAUUAUGAUGUAUGUACAAGAGUGAAAAUUUCUUUUU